AUGCCAAAGUCUCUUGAUUCACUCUCGUCGGCCUCAAGCAAGUACUCGUCUCGUAAGUUUAGAUCCGAAAGAUCCAGAACACCUGUUAGAAGGUCACUUAAUCUUUCCUCUUGUGCAAGAAGUGCAUUGAGCGCUAAAUUUAAUGGAAACAAUACUUUCCAAAAAUUUAAAACAUAUAAUGCAAUUAACAAAUUUGCGAAAUUAAACGAGCCGAAUACUUAUUACAGAGAAAACAACAUUGAGACGAGUAAUAAUUGUAAAAUAAUUCCGCCAGAAGAUAAAAGCGGUGGUAAAUUUACAUCGCCUCUUACCAUUCCUCAAGCAAAGAAGGCCGGACUAAUUGAUGACAUUAGGUCACCUGAAACAAAAUUGAAGUUGAUCUCUCUCUUUCAGGAAAACAACAAUUACAUUAAUCUCACUGAAAUUCCAGCAUAUUAUUUUUCAAGGUAUCAUAGAGCCUUGGAGUACUUUGGAAAAUUCAAAUAUGCGAUGGUGAACGAAUUACCCGGAAUUCUAACACAAAUUACGAUCAAUUCGGUCAUUAUAAUCCGACUGGCAGAACCAUUUCAACUUCCGAACACUGACGUUCUGCCAGUAGAAUUCACCAUUACUAAAACUAACGAGGAUGAAUUUAAUAACUGCAAAAAUGAAAUUAUACAGGAUUUUCGAUGUCAUGAGAGGGUGUUGGGUUGGCUGAAAGGACAAGGUGAUGGGAAUGAAAUCGACAACGAGGAAAGACGAGAUAUCAGUGAACCUGUAAGUGGUGAAGAGAACGUGCGUGAAAGCGAUAUUACUGGCAUCCAUGAACUGGAAAAAUUAGUUGAACAGAGAAUGAAGGAACUUAAUUUUUACAAAGAAGAAGGAAAUUGCAAAGAGCUAGAUUUCCAAGCUUUAAGAAAGAAAUUGAUAGCGGAAAUAUCUUCCACUCAGUAA